AUGCGGGUUGGGGAGUUCAGCGGAGAGAUAUGUGUGGUGUCGACAGCAGUGAGUCCUGCACAUGCCACGAUCCUCACCGCUGACGGAGCCACCCGCGACGGGCAGGGAGCAGGACCCAAGGGAGCCACGGAAGACGUAGAGAAACACGGGAGACGACGACCGGGGGCUGCAGGCAAGCGGACCGAGCGGGGCGUCCGCACGGACCAAGUGGGACUCGCGCCGGCGGGUACGCACGAGCCGCUAGGAAAACAACCGCGAGACAAGGGACAAGGGCGGCAACGAACGGCUCGGAACCGAAACGACGAGUAG